AUGAGUCACUGUUACCACCCAGCCUUACAAGCCAUUCCGUACCAUGCCAUCGAUGAAGAAAAACCAACUCAGUCCUACAUUGGUCUCAUUGGCAAGGCAAUUCUAAGCUCUCCACAACAGAAACUUGUGCUAGGCGACAUCUACAGCUACAUACUGACAAAUUACCCUUACUUCAGGAAUAAAGGACCAGGAUGGCGGAACUCAAUACGCCACAACUUAUCGUUGAAUGAUUGCUUUGUGAAAAUGGAUCGUUCACCUAACGGCAAGGGACACUUCUGGGCAAUCAACCCGAUGAACUACGACGACUUCAGUCGGGGCGAAUACAAGAGAAAGAGAGCUCCAAGAAGAAAUCGAGAAUUUUCUACAAACGCAAAAGGUUUUAUGAAGACAAACGAACAUGAUAGCAAGUUUACAACACAGGACAAAAUGAACCUUUACACCGCUGGCAAUCAUAUUGGACUGGAAAAAAGAGGUUUCCACAUAGAAAAACUUUUGUCUGACACUGGAAAGAAGUACCAAAGAAGUAAAACCAACAGGAUGAUAACAGAAGACAAGCUAUUAUAGAAUUAUUUGUCUGCAAAACAAGAGCACUUUUACCAAGCUUUGGAGGUAUUGUGUAGGUCUUCGUUGUUUGGAGACGCUGGGCAACGGAAACUAUUGUUGUAAAGCAAAAUACUCCCGGUAGGAAUUGUGCUCAUCUUCGGAGUAAGGAGAGCCAAGAAGACAGACGUUUACAAAAUUAUAUAGGUUAGGAGCCGGUAGAUAAAUGCUGCCUAUAAUAAGUAUUAGGAUAUUUCUAGUGAAAAGAGAAAGAGACAAUAAAAUGAGCAUUCAAUAAAAGCUUAAUUUAUCUCAGUGGCGCAGAAACCACCGGCUGUAAAUUGUGUUCUGUUUCAUCGAAAAGUUACCAUCAUUCAGUGUUAACGACGUUUCAGAUGUAAAUACUCUCUGAAGAUGAGAAUAGAUAAAAAAUUGAUAAGCACUUGGAUUUGACUAAUACUAGGCGAGAAUUUAAAGAAUGCUGGCAGGUAAACAGG